CCUGAAAAAGUACACGAUUUAAAUAAUGAAGAACUGUCAAAAUUUUCCUCUCAAGUUGAAGCUUGGAACAAGAAGAAUUUAAAGAGUAAUGUUGAAUCAAUGCCUAACGACUUGCUUGGUACACAGAAGAUUCACAUGGAAGCCAAAUCAAAUGUUUCUCAGGAUAAUAAAACUUUACUUAAUGAAUCUUGCAUUAAUGUGAUCAAAAGUGCUCAAAAACGGGAAGAAAGAAAUGUACCACUCUGUUCUUCAGACAAAGUAGUGAAAAAUAUUACGGACACAAAGAAAGCCCAAAGCUCAAGUGAGAGCAGCUUAGAUGAAAGUUUAGAAGUUCUUAGGUUACAAGUGAAUUCCCUUGGCUUAGCAGCAGUAAAUGAAGUGGAUGUGUUUACUGAACUAGUUCCUCCUCCACCUGAAUUUGCCGCUUCUUCAGAAAAUGCAGUUUCUAAAAGGGAGGCUUCUUAUUCAGCAUCUGAAAUUGCCAUAGCUCCACCACCUGAAUUUUCUGAUAAUUCACCCCACUCAAGAAAUCGAGUUUCUCAACGCAUGCCAUCAAAUCAUUAUCAAAGAAAAAACUACCCGUUAACUUGUCAUCAUGAUUCAUCGUCAAACUCAGUUGACCUAACGUUUUUGGCAUCUUUGGGAAACAAAUCACCAAAAAUUGUACAGAUGAUGAGAGCUGAUAAAAAAUGUAAUUUAGGAAGUAGUAGUGGAACCAUAAAUGUACAUUCACCAUGCACAAGUGGCCUCAGGCAUUUACCUUCGAAAAACAUUUCAGAGCAUGCAUUUCUACACGAAAGUUCUAGCGGUGAACUGUCUCGCUUGAAAUCUGUGCAAAAAGAAUUCCGGUUCAAAUUGUUACAAGAAUGGACUGCUAAUGACAUUGCAGACUGGUUGGAUAGUUUGUUUCUUCCUGAAUACAAACAGCGUUUUUCAGAAGCUGGUAUUACAGGGGCUAAGUUAGCAAAUAUGGACAGUAAUGAUUUAAUGGGAUUAGGGGUUAAACAGAUGGGACAUAGACUGAACAUGGAAAGGUCUCUAAAGAGGUAUUUGAAAUAAAUAGAUAAUUUAGUGUACAAAGAACAUUAGUAGUUAUCGCAUUAGCUGGAUUUUGCUGUCACAAAUGGAAAUGAAUACAAGAAUAAAUAAAAAUAGUUUUAUGGUCAAUUAAAAUUCUAUAUAGCAUACCAAUCUCUCAAUAUUGUUACCAGCAGCUGAUAAUAUAUCUUUAAAGCAAUUUGUAUUUUCCUUGGUGCAGACAGAUAGUUGCAUGAUGUAAGAAUUAUUUUAAACUAUAGCUGUUCUUUCUUUAAGCAGUCCAGCUUGAAUGAAACUAGAAAGCCAAUUACUCAUAAGUGCUGUAUUUAUUGGAACAGUCAUUUCUGAAAGGGCACCAUAUUUCUAUCAGAAAGGACUUGGUGUUCGUUAGAUCUGAUGUAUAAUUUAGAGAAAGGGGUAAUUGCAAAAGGCACAAUGUAUCUGACAUUAUAUCUGAAUAUAAUGAAUAUGAAUAUAUUAUAAGAUAUUUGUCCUUUUAAAAAUGAUUCGAUUGUAGAGAAAAUAUUAUUGAUAAUUCCAAUGUUGCCAGCUGCAUAUUUUAAUUUGUAUAAAGUAUUUAUUAUUCUCAUUACUGAUUACUUUAUUUGAAAUCUGUUGUGUCUGAAUAUUUUCAAAAAAAAAAAAAAAAAAAAAAAAAAAAAAAACGCACACUAACAGUUCAUGAAAACUGUGUAGUAGAAUAUUAUAAAUAUAUUUAAACUGCAAGCCGUUAAUGACUUAAAUGCAUUACUUAAGGAUAGUUCUGCAUCUUAAAAUAAUAUAUACGACUGAAGUGCAAUAAUUUUUAAAAACCCUGUUAUAUUCUAUUAAAUUCGUUCUAUAUAAAAGAAUAAAUUACUAAAAUAUUUUAUAAUUAUUGUUAUUAAGUGAAACAGUAUUCUGUGAAUAUGCCAGUGAUUCGUUGAUAGUUGUUGAAUACAUAGUAAUUUCAAGUUUUCUAAUUUCAAUUUGAUGUUGAAGCUGUGUAAAAUGUAUAGGAAUAUCUAAUUUUCUGUAAAAUAAAUAAAUAUAUAUAUAUAUAA